AUGCUCUUAUCAGAACACUCUCGUGAUAGGGCUGUAGGAGGAUCUGUAAACAACCCUCCAUGGUUCGAUGGCGGCUGUGAGAAGUACACGCAGUGGAAGAUUUACAUGAAAUCUUAUCUCUUUGCACAAGAUGAGCAUGCAUGGAACAUCGUUGAAAAUGGCUGGAAAACACCGAUGGUUUCAAGCAAAGGUGAAGGAUCUUCUACAACCAUCCCAAAGCCAAGGAAUGAUUGGACAGAAGAAGAGGUCCAUGAUCUUCAAGCUGAUUUUAAAGCCAAGAAUAGCGUAUUCACAGCUCUAUCUGAACGAGAUAAGCUACGGAUCAGUCAAUGUGACACUGCUAAGCAAGCUUGGGAUCUGCUUCAGAUUACCUAUGAAGGAAACAAAAAGGUACGGGCUCAAAAAUUGCAGAGUCUAAUCUAUGAAUUUGAAACUAUAGCUAUGAGAGAUGAUGAAACUGUAGAUGACUUUCAUGGUAGAAUUCUAAAAAUUGCUAGUCAAUGUCGAAGUUUGGGAACACCAUUUGAAGAUGAUAAACUUGUUAAGAAAAUACUUAGGGCCUUGCCUGAAAAAUUCCAUUCUAAGGUCACUAGCAUUGAGGACUCUUUUGACAUUGAUGUCUGUCCUCUUGAUGAGCUCAUCGGGAAUCUCAAGACCUAUGAAAUGAGGUUGAAACCUGAGAAGAAAACUAAGGGAGUUGCUUUCAAGGCUGUUAAAGAGGUAGAAGAAGAAGAGGAAACACUAGACCUUGCUCUUUUAACAAAGGAAUUUAAAAGGUUUCUCAAAAGCAACAACUCUUCCGGGAAUCCUAAUGCUCCUAGGAAAAACCCUCAUAAUGGGGGUAGCAGUAGUAGUGAUUAUAAUGGUAAGAGUGGGAAAGGAGGCUUCAAGGGAACUUAUUUAGGGAAAACUAAGUGCUAUGAAUAUGGUGGCUACGGUCAUAUCUCUAUUGAUUGUGGCAAUAGGAAACACAAUAAUAACAACAACAAGUCCCUUCUUUCGACAUGGAGUGAUGGUGAGUCUCAAGAGGUAGAAAAUGUGGCUUUUGUAUCAUCGCUUUUGUCUGAUUCUGAUAGUGAUGAGGCCUUUUCUGAUUAUGAGAUAAAUAUCUGCUGCAAACAACUCUACAAGGCUUCGAAGGCCACACUACUUAGAAACUUAAGUUUGGAGAAGGAGAUUAAAUUUCUGAAGACUGCAAAAGAGAAAAUGGAGCUCGUGUUAGAAAACUCACAAUCUAUAUGGGAACAGGAAAGAAGCAAGCUCAUUAAUGAGGUGUCUGACUUGCAAGGUGACCAAGACUCUUUAACUUGGAAGACUGAACAGACUAAGUGUCUUAACAAGAUCAGGAUGCUGGAACUAGAAGUUAGAGGACAGCAAGUUUUGAAUCUAGAUUUGUUAACAAAAAAUGAGUCCCUGCAAGAUGAGUUAAAAUGA